AUGAACAAAGAAAACACAGAAAAGCUAAUCAGCAUAAUAAAUUUGCUGGAUAAAAUAUCCGAGCGCAAUCAUUCCAAUAACCCUAAGUAUGAUAAACUUAAAAGCUCUUUUUCAAGCGAAUUGUCAAGGACAUUCGACACUUUGGACAAUCAGAAGUUGAUGUUUCCGUUGCACUGCGAAAAUGAUACACGUGAUUUUAGUGCAAACCAAAUAAUUGACAAAAUUAAAAAGACGAAAAGUUUUUUCUACUUCAAUAAGUCAUACUCCAGUGGACAGGACGAAUCCGCGUGUGGAGACAGAGCAUGGGUUGCUACGGGGAAGGGGAGGCAUGUUCCUCAGAAUGAGGGGCAAACUGAAAAGCAAACUGAAGAGAAAACUGAGCAUCUGGCUGAAGCUCUAAUCAAACAGAUAAGCCAACCGCUAAGCGAACCCCCAAAAGGCGUACAUGCGGGAGAGCAGCGGCCCCGCAAGGAAGACUCAACCGAACGAGUAAAUAACAACUGUACACAUUUUCAAGAUACUCACGGGGAAAGGAAAAAAUCGCCAAGCAUAAGAGAGACAACUAAUUUUGUGAAAGGAUCUAAUCAGGACGCCAAAACAAAUACAACCUUUUCAUUCGAAAGUGAAGGGUUUUCUUCUCCUAAAAGGUAUACAGGUAGUUUCCACUUUAAAAGAAAGUCGCAACAUGAAGCAAGAGACUACUUUAGUGACACUGAAUUGUUGGAAUAUAAUAACUCCAGUAGGAAAAAAAAAAAUUUGCUAGAAAUGUUAAAAAGGCAGCACGUCAGGAAGUAUAAGGAGAAGUUGUGUGCAGACUUUGUGGACAAUUCGGAAUUCAUUGGUCCAUCGAAGAAGUACGGACAUGUUCACGGGGAAGUUGAGGAAGAUGAAUACCUAGAUCACAAGGGUCUCGGGCAGUUACUGGAAAAAAUCAUAGAACAUUUGAACAUCAACCUGAAGGAGGCGAUGAAUAUAUACGUGAAGGAGAUAAACAGAUUGAACAAGGCGAACGACACGCUAAGCGAGAAGCUUGAAACUGCCGUUGAGAACAACGACGAACAGGCCCAAGAAAUCAGAGACCUGAACAAACGGAUAAGUCAAAUAGCGGAGGAGAAAACCGAAAUGAACAAGCGCAUCGAGAAUUACGAAUUUACAAUACACAAGUCAAAGAAAUUAAAAAAUGAGGGACAAGGCGACAACGAAGCAGAAGGUCCCCUGGGACUGGAAAUAAAAAAUCUGAAGAGGGAAUUAAACUUGGCCAAUUCAUUGAACGACAAAAUAAAAGAUGAGAAGUUGUCUCUCCAGGAAAGAAUAAAAGAUAAAACCGAUAAACUUAGGAGAGAAAAGAACAAACUAAAAACAGCCAAUGACUUGAUUUUACAAAACAGCGACUUACUACUGCAGAUGCAGACGCCCGCCACGUUCGAUUCACCGUCCCUAAAGGUAGCAUCAAAAAAACGUGCAUGUAUGAAUGCAGUUGUGAGUAAAAUGGUUUAUGUGCCAGAUGAGGAAAUCACAGGGGAAUACAUUCUCUUUUCUGGAAAUGUGCAAAAGAGGCUUCAGAGUGAAUACCAAACUGAAAAAAACCAAAGGAGGGAAGAAGGUGCUCAGUUCUGCACAGACGGAGGCAUGAACGAAUCAGCAGGUGAGGAGAGCCAAUUAAAGGGAGAACUGAAAAAGCACAACAUAACGGAUAAGGGGUGGAAUGACAAACGCAUGAACAGUAGCAGACAUGUUCACUAUACAUCUCUCUCCAAUAAUCCUGGCUCACCUCGCAGUUACCGAAGUGACACCAUUUUGGACAACUACAAGAGAGUAAAAAGCAAGCUGCUCGAAAGCAACGAGAAAUGCUAUUUUUUAUCCAAAACGAACCUUGAAUUAUUUAAAGGAUUAAAAAGGAAAAGGAAAAAAAUUGACGCGCUAAAUAAACAGAUGUCUUACUUGAAAUGUUUUGUAAAAAGAAAGGAAAAAAUGGAUCGGUGCAAUGAAUAUCACUUAAAACAGGAAAAUAUUACCCACACGUGCGAUCGCAUGGGAAGCAAUAAAAGUCACGUCCCAUCUGCAGAGGAAUACAAACCUGCAGAAACAAGUGAACAUAAUUCGUUCGUCAAAAUGUACAACCAUGCACAAGGGGAGGAAAUUCAACGCCUCGAAAAAAAUUAUAACAAUUUAACUAAUGAACACAAAUUGUUGAAGAAGAAAUACGAAGUGCUAUACAAAAAAUAUGCGCGACUUCUAGGGAAGGAAUCUGAUAAAAGCAACGAUGUUGCUUUUAAACAACACAAGGGGGAGGAGACUGUGCCAACGGAGAGUGACGUGAUUCACUCGUUUUACGUGAAAAGGGGGCACAACAGGCUGGGGAGACACUUCCAGCCGGGUGACAGUUUGAAGCGACCCCUCCAGCAGGGUGACAAUUUAAUAAAUUACAUAAAAGCGAAGGUCAUACAUCGGAAGAACCUCCACGUUCGCAAAUUUAGGAACUAUACGGAAGAAGGCAACGACUACAGCGAUGUGCAAUUCUACGUCUCCAAUGAAAUUUUAAGGAACAUGGACGUGAAGGAUAUUGUAAACAUUCGGUACAUUUACUCCCACGGGGAGGGACCAGGUUAG